CAGAGGAAGAUGUCUCUUGCUUUUCCCCGCCAAUUGCAUCUCCCCAAUUUCUUCUCCCCUAAUUUCAAUCUAGGUCUCAAUCCUCUCUUAUGACUGAUAUACGUACUUCAAAUUCCCCUCAAAUUUCCCCGUCAAUUCUCGGAAGUUCUUCGAAAUCUGAUAUCUGGAAACCCUAAUUUUUGAAUCCGUGUGUACACUUCGAUCCGAAGAUGAGCAAUCCAAGCAGUUCCGGAUGGGGCUCAAGCUCGAGUUUGACUCAGUUCGGAAUCGGUUUGGCCAAUACAGUGCAGUCGGAGGUUGCUCCUCACUUGCCGCUACCGUCGUUACCCAUUUUCUGCGGCGCGACGGAACCUGGGGAGUUCAAGCUCUUCGAUGAGGUUAACCAAGGUAGUAGCGGCAACAGGUCAUUGAAUCGCACUGAGAUUCUCUCGCAAUCCUGUAGAAUCGCUAGCCUGCUUGAAGAAACUGACGUUUCUUACCUGGAUCUUAGAAACGAAGCUAGGGCGCUCAGUUGUAAUUCUGAGGAGCCUUUUCAGUUAUAUGACCAAGUUCUACGAUUCAAACCUAGAGCAUUUGAUAUUGUUACCCCUGGUCCGACCUACGAUCCAGUCUUUAUCAAUGAAGAACCUAAAAAGAGAAAAUCUGAGCCAAGUAUUCCUGUCAAGAUUCAACGACAGACAGAUCAUCAUUUAGCUAGGAAUAUCCAGCCUGAUCCUGUGAAAAGGGUCUUACGAUCAAAUCAUAUUGAAGAUCAUAGUUGGCAGGCUGAACCUUUGACAAACCAGUUACCGAGAGAUGAUAUUGCAAUUCAUGACUCUCGGCCUGAAACGAUCAGCAUGAAUGAAUCUUCUGCUUCCAAAAAGCCAAAGGGCAAGAAGAGACGUAAAGAUGACCUGUCUUCAGUUCAACCAGAUCCAUCUGUGCUUCAAGAGUCCAUCGUAAAAAGCUUUUGUGAGAUGUUGGAGGACUUCUGUAGCAGAGCUGAAGUCCCUGGUGAUGAUAGGGAUGAAGCAGAGUGGUCAUCACUGCCUGUUAAUGACGUUCGCGUUCUUGUGAAUGAAUUGAUGACUAUACGGUCAAAAAUGCUCUUGCAUAUGGUACCUGUUGAUAUUCUAUCGAGGUUAUUGCACACUCUGGAUCAUCAGAUACAUAGGGCAGAAGGCUUGUCCAUUAAUAGUGAGCAUUCAGAUUCAGAUUCUGUUUUGUUGGUUCUCGGUGCCCUUGAGUCAAUCCAUGCAUCGCUUGCAGUGAUGGCUAACAGUGAUAUGCCAAAGCAGCUCUACAAGGAAGAGGUAAUUGAGAGAAUUUUAGAGUUUUCUCGGCACCAAAUGAUGGCUGUUAUGUCUGCUUAUGAUCCAUCAUACCGCACCGCAAGUAAACCGGCAGAUAAUGUGGCAUUUGAAGGUGAUGAUGAUGAUGAUGAUCCCGAUCCUGACAUGGGCUCAGCCAGCAAAAGGCGGCGCACAGGAAAAAGUGGCAAAGUGAAGAAGUCAGGAGUGAACAGGAUAUCUGGAGCAGUGAAUACUGCACUUCAGAAACUGUGCACUAUUCUUGGUUUACUCAAGGACCUGUUGUUGGUAGAAAGGUUAUCUGACAGUUGCAUUUUACAACUGUUGAAGACAAGUAUUACCACAUUUUUGGUGGAAAAUAUCCAACUUCUGCAACUUAAAGCAAUUAGCUUAAUUGGUGGUAUAUAUAAUUCAUAUGCUCAACAUCGAACCUAUGUGAUAGAUGAGUUAUCUCAAUUGCUUUGGAAGUUACCUUCCUCGAAACGAGCAUUGAGAGCGUAUCUUCUUCCUGAUGAAGAACAGAAGCAGAUUCAAAUGGUCACUGCUUUGCUCAUUCAGUUGGUUCACAACAGCACAAGCCUUCCUGAAACCCUGAGACAGGCUUCCAGUGGAAACUCCAUACUGGAGACCCCAGUUGAUGCUGGUUACCUAACUAAAUGUCAUGAGGCGGCUACAGAAACAUGUUGCCUUUUCUGGACUCGUGUCCUUGAACGUUUUGCCAGUUUGAAGGCUCAGGAUGCUUCUGAGAUAAAAGUGAUGAUUGAGAACCUUGUUAAUGAUUUGCUGACAGCACUGAAUCUUCCUGAAUAUCCAUCAGUGUCCCCUAUUCUUGAGGUUCUCUGUGUCAUACUGCUGCAUAAUGCAGGGUUGAAAUCAAAAGAUGUCUCUGCCCGGUCAAUGGCCAUGGAACUGCUAGGUACCAUUGCUGCAAGGUUGAAAAAAGAUGCUGUCCUCUGCAGUAGAGACAGAUUCUGGACGUUACUAGAAUCAGAUAGUGAAACUAGAGUUGACGAAGUUGGCACAAAAGACUGUGCUCUUUGUUUAGGCAAAAGAGCUGGGAACUUAUUGGUCUGUCAAAUUUGUCAAAGGUGGUUUCAUCCUGACUGUUUGGGUUUAAAGGAACUAGACAUUUCAAGUCGAAAUUGGCACUGUCCGUUUUGCGUAUGCAAGAGGCAACUUCUUGUACUGCAAUCUUACUGCAAGACGGACACCAAGAGUACUGGUAAGUUGGAGUCAGAAGAAGACUCAAAUAUGAUUACACAGACAGAAGUUGUGCAACAGAUGCUCUUGAAUUACCUUCAGGAUGCAGGAUCUGCUGAUGAUGUGCAUACUUUCAUUUGCUGGUUUUAUCUGUGCCUUUGGUAUAAAGAUGUCCCAAAAUCUCAGAAGAAAUUCAAAUAUUACAUUGCUAGACUGAAAGCAAAGUCAAUAAUCCGUAAUUCUGGAGCAACUACGUCGUUCUUGACAAGAGAUGCUAUUAAAAAGAUUACAUUAGCUCUGGGACUGCAUAAUUCCUUUUCCAGAGGAUUUGAUAAGAUUCUACACAUGCUCCUGGCUAGUUUAAGAGAGAACUCUCCCAUUAUUAGGGCCAAAGCUAUGCGAGCAGUUAGUACAAUUGUUGAUUCUGAUCCAGAGGUAUUGUGUGAUAAGCGUGUUCAGUUGGCUGUUGAAGGAAGGUUUUGUGAUUCUGCAAUAUCUGUUAGAGAAGCAGCACUGGAACUUGUUGGUAGGUACAUUGCAUCACAUCCUGAUGUUGGUUUAAAGUACUUUGAGAAGGUCGCUGAGAGGAUUAAGGAUACUGGAGUGAGUGUUCGAAAACGAGCCAUCAAGAUAAUACGUGACAUGUGUACUUCAAAUCCAAACUUCUCUGAAUUUACAAGUGCAUGUACUGAGAUAUUAUCUCGUAUCAGUGAUGAUGAAUCUAGCAUCCAGGAUCUUGUGUGCAAAACUUUCUAUGAAUUUUGGUUUGAGGAACCUCCAGGGCAUCAUACUCAGUUUGCUAGUGAUGCUAGCUCCAUUCCAGUCGAAGUGGAAAUGAAAACCAAUCAAAUGGUUGGGUUGUUAAGGAGGACCCCAAAUCAUCAGCUUCUUGUAACAAUUAUUAAGCGAGCCCUGGCCCUUGAUUUUUUUCCUCAAGCAACUAAAGCUGCUGGUAUCAACCCAGUUGCUCUUGCAUCAGUGCGCAGGCGCUGCGAGCUGAUGUGCAAGUGUUUACUGGAAAAAAUAUUACAGGUAGAAGAAAUGAGCCGUGAAGAAGGAGAAGGGCAAGUGCUUCCUUAUGUACUUGUUCUGCAUGCUUUUUGUCUCGUGGAUCCUGGGCUGUGUACACCGGCGUCAGACCCUACUAAAUUUGUUAUCACCUUACAGCCAUAUCUGAAGAGUCAGGUUGAUAGUAGAAUAGGAGCACAGUUACUAGAGAGUAUUAUUUUCAUUAUAGAUUCUGUCCUACCCUUGAUCCGCAAGCUGCCGCUUAGUGUGACAGAAGAUCUGGAGCAAGAUCUAAAGCAUAUGAUCGUUCGGCACUCGUUUCUAACCGUUGUUCACGCUUGCGUUAGGUGUCUCUGUUCUGUGAGUAAAUUGGCGGGAAAAGGUGUUAGUGUAGUUGAGCAUCUUCUUCAGUUCUUUUUUAAACGGCUGGAAGCCCAAGGGUCCGAUAACAACCAGAUUGCUGGGCGGUCCCUUUUUUGUCUUGGCUUGCUUAUUCGGCAUGGAAACUCUCUUAUUAGCACCUCAGGUGGCAGGAAUUUCAAUCUUUCUGGCUGUCUCAAUUUGUUCAAACGACAUCUCUGCACAGAAGAUUUUGCUUUGAAAGUCAGGUCCCUGCAGGCUUUAGGUUUUAUUCUAAUUGCGCGGCCUGAUUACAUGCUGGAAGAAGACAUCGGAAAGAUAAUCGAUAGUACAUUAUCAGAUGAAGCAAACGGGCGUAUGAAGAUGCAAGCAUUACAAAACAUGUAUGAGUACCUUCUUGAUGCGGAAAAACAAUUGGGAUCCGAUAAAGCUGGUGAUAACACGGUUAACCCAAUUGAGCAAGGUGGCCAUAAUGUACCUGUAGCCGCUGGUGCAGGUGACACCAACAUUUGCGGAGGCAUUGUGCAGUUGUAUUGGGAUAAGAUAUUAGGUAGAUGUUUGGACUUCGAUGAUCAAAUCCGCCAGACUGCUCUCAAGAUAGUGGAAGUUGUGCUACGUCAAGGUCUUGUUCAUCCUAUUACAUGUGUUCCUUAUCUGAUUGCCCUUGAGACAGAUCCUCUAGAGGCCAACCAAAAGCUGGCACAUCAUUUGCUAAUGAAUAUGCAUGAGAAGUAUCCGGCGUUUUUUGAAAGCCGUCUCGGUGACGGACUUCAAAUGUCGUUCAUUUUCAUGCAAUCCAUUAGCCAGGUCACUUCAGAAUCAAAUCAAAUUCCUCAGCAAAAGGGUUCGACAAACACGCCGGGGAACGGUCUCACACAAGCUAGACUUGGAGUCUCUAGAAUCUACAAGCUUAUCCGUGGAAACCGAAUUUCUCGGAACAAAUUUAUGGCUUCUAUUGUACGCAAGUUUGAUAAUCCAACCUGGAGUGGCUCAGUGAUAGCCUUUCUGAUGUAUUGCACUGAAACCCUUGCUUUACUUCCAUUCACAACACCUGAUGAGCCGCUCUAUCUUGUAUAUUCCAUAAACCGAGUUAUACAAAUCCGGGCUGGUGCAAUCGAGUCAAAUUUGAAGACUUUGUUACAUAAAGAUUCCGCAAAGCCUCAGCAUGGAAAUGGAACGUACCAACAAGAUCCGAUCCUCGGACAUAUGCACACGAUGGAUUUAAACACAAGAAUCCAAGAAGAACCAACGCAUUGGAAUUCGUAUGGCCAUCCAACUCCAAUUGAUCUCAACGGAGUAGUAUACCAAGAUCCGAGGGAUCAAUUUACUACAUAUCAAACCCAUAAUGGGGAAGCAAAUGUGCACAAGAUGACCUCAUCUGAUCCGCCCGAAUUAUCCAUCGAUGAUCAGCAGAAAAUUCAGGUUGAUUGCUUAUCAGCUAUAGCUUUACAACUUCUUUUGAAGCUUAAGAGAUACUUAAAAGUCACGUACAGCUUAAACGAUGACCGGUGCCAAGCCUAUUCUCCAACGGAACCAUUGAAGCCAGGAGAUCCUCUGUCCAAACAAAGUGUUGCCUUUGACCUCAGCGAAACUCGCACUGACUUACCUUCAACAUAUCAAGACUUAGUUGAGAGAUAUCAGGAGUAUAAGAACUCGAUGAGAGAAGAUACUCUUGACUACACAAUUUAUUCAACCAACGUCAAGAGGAAACGGCCAACGCCGAGGAAAGGCACAAGAUCAGCUAAAAAAGCAGUGGCCUACAAUGAAGAUGAUGGUGAUGAUGACGAUGAUGACAGAGGUUGGAAUGGAGGAAGAGGAGGAGGUCGUAUGACUGCUCGGAGAUUAAAUUACAGCACCAGAAGUAGCAAUAGAAGGUAAUGUGAGAGAUCAUUCCCCUUUGCCUCCUGUUAUAGAUUACUGUACAUAAAGCGGCGCAAUUAAAAAGAAGAAAAAAAUCAAAAACGCUGUGAUUUUUAGGCUCUUAACCAGUGUACAGUACGGUUUCUUACAAAAUUAGGAAGACUCGAAUGUUAAAAGCUUUUGUUAAGGGAAGAAAUACAAAAUCUAAGUAGAAGAAGACCAGAAUUGGGUAGGGAAGGGUGUAUUUUUUUGGUCUAAUUUGAUCAUUACAUGGAAUUCACUUACUUAUUGCUAUUAUAUUGUU